AUACUGGAUUUCUUAUCAGGGCAGGACAGAUAUUACGGCUAUGCCUAUAUAAACAAGCUUUCUCAUAGAAAUAUAGAGUCCAUUUCUCUGCAAAUGCACUCCAAAAGAGAGAAGCAUGAACAUAAAGUCUUGUUAGAAAUGAUUGAGUGGUGCUCAAUGCUCAAACAUGAUAUGUAAGACCAGAACACUGAAGCUGCAACACAAGUCACAGAAUGAAGAGAUGUGGGAUAUCAGGGCAGCCAUGGUGUGUAUAACAGUUUAAUCAAAGGUAGCUACAAAACAGGGUAGUGUGGUACAGAAAGUAUCCCCACAUCUUGGAAGCAUGGAUAUGGGUACCAGGAACAAUCCUGAAGCUAUGGAUCCAGAGGCUAUGAAGGAACAAGUGCACAAGACUACUUCAAGUCCAAUAUUUGAUCUCCCAGUAGAUUCAGAACACAAAGCUAGAAAAUUCAAGCUUUUUUCAAUAGCUAAACCCCAUAUGAGAGCUUUCCACCUAUCCUGGAUCUCCUUUUUCACAUGCUUUCUUGCCACGUUUGCUGCUCCCCCUCUGAUACCCAUUAUCAGAGACAAUCUAAAUCUCACCAAGAGAGACAUAGGCAAUGCAAGCAUAGCAUCAGUCUCUGGCUCCAUAUUCUCAAGGCUUGUGAUGGGAGCAUUAUGUGACAUGGUAGGCCCUCGUUAUGGGGGUGCAUUUCUCAUUAUGCUGUCUGCCCCUGCUGUUUUUUCUGCUGCUACAAUUUCUUCUGCACAGGGUUUCAUCCUUGUCCGUUUCUUCAUAGGCUUCUCAUUGGCAACUUUUGUGUCAUGCCAAUUCUGGAUGAGCUCAAUGUUCAACACUAAGAUUGUGGGCCGUGCAAAUGGAUUGGCAGGAGGGUGGGGAAACAUGGGAGGAGGAGCAACACAGCUAGUGAUGCCUCUGGUUUAUGAUCUGAUUCACAAAUCCAUAGGCUCCCCGAGCUUCACCGCAUGGCGUAUUGCUUUCUUCAUACCUGGAGUGAUGCUCAUUUUCAUGGGGCUCCUUGUGCUCACCUUUGGACAAGAUCUACCAGAUGGUAACUAUGUAGCUCUUCAUAAACAGGGGGAUAAGGCAAAAGACAAAUUCUCAAAGGUUUUCUGGCACGCCGUCAAGAAUUACAGGGCUUGGACCUUGGCUCUUACCUAUGGAUACUGUUUUGGAGUAGAGCUUACUAUAGACAAUGUGAUUGCAGAGUAUUACUUUGAUAGAUUUGAUUUAAAUCUUCACACUGCAGGCAUAAUUGCAUCUACAUUUGGACUUGCCAACAUAGUGACCCGUCCAUUUGGGGGAAUAUUGUCUGAUAUUGUAGCGCGUAGAUAUGGCAUGAGAGGAAGAAUAUGGACUCUCUGGAUUGUUCAGACUCUGGGUGGUAUAUUCUGUGUGUGUUUGGGAAAGGCAAAUUCACUGAGCCUCUCCAUUACAGUCAUGCUGAUCUUCUCCAUAUUUGUGCAAGCAGCUUGCGGUCUGACUUUUGGAAUAGUUCCUUUUGUUUCUAGAAGGUCAUUGGGGAUAGUGUCUGGAAUGACAGGAGGAGGGGGCAAUCUGGGAGCAAUGGUCACACAGCUUCUCUUCUUCACUAACUCCAACUAUUCCAAGGAGACUGGAAUCAGCUUGAUGGGUAUCAUGAUUAUCUCCUGCACAUUGCCAAUAUUGGGGUUGUAUUUUCCACAGUGGGGAGGAAUGUUUUGUCCACCUUCCAAGUCUGAGAAUGCUAGUGAGGAGAAGUAUUAUGGAUCGGAAUGGUCUGAAGCGGAAAAGCAACUAGGGAUGGACAGCAUGAGCAUAAAAUUUGCUGACAACAGUCGCAGUGAAAGAGGAAAAAGAUCUUCUCUGACUUCUGCCCCAACUCCAAUGGAGAGUACCCCUCAGCAUGGGUGAAGAUCAUCCCAAUGUGGACAUAACUAAAACACAAUGGUAGGGGACCUUUCUGCCUAAUAGAUCCUGAUGCUCCUUAAUAGGAGGAAUUGGCCCUACCAUUACACAUUGAAUGUAGAUGAUAUAUUGUACAUUUUAGGGUUGCAGAUUAUGAGGUCAAAUAUAUUAAAAAUGUAAGAUUGCUGUAUUGUUUUUCUUAGCA